AUGGCCAGCAUGCAGGGCACUGCGGCCAAUGAGCAUGAGCUCAAGGCGGAGGGUGUCGCUGAUGCAGCACGAGAUCCCAACAGCAAUGUCACCGCCGACGAUGCCGAGAAAGCCAUCAUUGACCAGGCCCGCGCCGGCGGUGCAGCAGCCUUUACCUUUGAUCCCAAUGCCACCCCGGCGGAAAAGGCUGCUGCUGCCAAAGAGCGAUCUGGACAGCAAAUACACCGAAAGCACAAGACCGCCGCGCUGGCCACUGACGCAGACGAUGGCCCUGACGCCGGCUACGAUCUUCCCCCGCCCAGUAAAGCCGGAGCCAUCAGUACGGCCUCGUUGGUGGAGAAAGACCAGGCAAAUGGCAAUGCGUCUCCCGCAAUGGACGAAGAGCAUGAGUUCUCAAAAGUUGGAUGGGCGCCUAGAUUUGGGAACCCGGGUGACCAGGACGACGAGGGCACCAUGCUGGAUCACCAGACCUUGCUCGAGGGCAAGCUCGAUGACAAGUUCUUCGGGGAUUGGUAUCACAACACCGCCAUCAUCAUCCUCGCAUGUCUAUCCUCCUGGACAGUGGCCACGCUGGGCGGUGGUUUGGGAUGGGUCUUCAUCAUCAUGGCGGGAUGCGCGACAUACUACAGAACUUCCAUCCGCCGCGUGAGACGCAACUUCCGCGAUGACGUGAAUCGCGAGCUUGCAAAGAACCGUUUAGAGACGGAUGUCGAGUCCCUGGACUGGAUGAACAACUUCAUGGCCAAAUUCUGGCCCAUCUACGCUCCCAUUCUUUGCCAGACGAUCAUCGGAACGGUGGAUCAAGUUCUCAGCACGUCCACCCCUGCUUUCCUUGACAGCAUGAGAAUGAAGUCCUUCACGCUGGGAACGAAGCCACCACGUAUGGAGCACGUCAAAACAUAUCCAAGACAGGAGGACGAUAUCGUCAUGAUGGACUGGAAGUUUAGCUUCACACCAAACGAUGUGGCAGACUUGACCAAGACGCAAAUCAAGAACAAGAUCAACCCGAAGCUGGUGCUUGAGAUCCGCAUCGGUAAAGCCAUGAUCUCCAAGGGUCUUGAUGUCAUCGUGGAGGACAUGGCCUUCUCUGGUACUAUGCGUGUGAAGAUGAAACUCCAGCUGCAGUAUCCAUUCGUUGAUCGAGUUGAAAUCUGCUUCUUGGGACGACCAGAGCUGGACUACGUGUGCAAACCGCUUGGAGGCGAUACUCUCGGCUUUGAUAUCAAUUUCAUUCCCGGUCUGGAAGGCUUUAUUCAGGAAAUGAUUCACGCCAACCUUGCGCCGAUGAUGUACGAUCCUAACGUCUUCCCCAUCGAGAUUGCUAAGAUGCUUGCUGGCUCGCCCGUCGACCAGGCUAUCGGUGUGCUGCAGAUUCAAUUCCACGGAGCGCAGGGUUUGAAGAAUCCUGACAAGUUCUCCGGCACGCCAGAUCCGUAUGCAGUGGUUUCGAUCAAUAACCGUGAAGCACUCGGCAAGACAAAGACUGUGCAUGAGAACGCAAACCCGCGCUGGAACGAGACUGUGAAUGUGAUCUUGACUAGCUUGAAAGAGCCGUUGACCAUCUCUCUGUUUGACUACAACGAGUAUCGCAAAGACAAGGAAUUGGGCACAGCUACGUUCAACCUCGAGCAGCUGGAAGGCGGAGCCGAUUUCGAAAACCACAGACUCGAAGUCCUUGCCAAUGGCCGACCACGCGGUACUGUUCAGGCCGACAUUCGUUUCUUCCCUGUGCUAGAAGKCCGCAAGCUCGAGGGUGGUAUCGAGGAGCCACCACCAGAGAGUAUGACAGGUAUUGCCAAGUUUGUUGUCGAGCAAGCCAAGGACCUGGACGGCAGCAAGUCUUUGAUUGGACAGCUCAACCCAUACGCCGUGCUGUUGCUCAACGGCAAAGAGGUGCAAAUCUCGCAGAAGCUCAAGCGUACCAACAACCCCAUCUGGCCAAACGCAGCAAAGKAAUUGCUCAUCACUGACCGCAAGAAGGCCAAGUUGGGCCUUGUGAUUAAGGAUGAUCGUGAUUUGGCUGCGGAUCCAAUCCUAGCGUCCUACCAGWUCAAGCUGGAUGACCUGCUCGACUUGACAGAAAAGGGCCAGGAGUGGUACAAUCUCGCAGGUUGCAAGACGGGACGCGCGAAGAUGACGCUGCAGUGGAAGCCUGUCGCACUCACGGGCGCCGCAGGUGGAAAUGGUUACGUUGAUCCUAUCGGUGUCAUGCGCUUCCACUUCAAGUCCGCGCGGGACCUGAAGAACUUGGAUACGGUGGGCAAGUCUGAUCCAUAUACAAGGGUCAUGCUGUCAGGUGUGCAAAAGGGCAGAACCGUCACUUUCAAGAACAAUUUGAGCCCCGAAUGGGACGAAGUGUUCUACGUACCAGUGCACUCCACACGCGAGAAGCUUGUCGUGGAGGUCAUGGACGAGGAGAAUGUWGGCAAGGAUCGCACCAUGGGUCAAAUCGAUAUUCCCGUCGAAGAGUACAUCCGCCAAGGCCCGAGCGGUGAGUAUGCAGUGUGCGACACGAAAGACAAGAUACUCUCACAGCAGGUACGCAUUGGUGCCGGUCAGCCUAGAGGGACGCUCAAUUUCACUGUGGCCUUUUAUCCAACAAUCGCCGUUAUCGACCCGGAAGAUGAGGAGAAGGACAAGGUUCGCACUAGUGGUGAGAGCGCGCGGAAGAACAUUGAGGGUGCAGCGUCAACGCCAGGCGUCAUACGCAGCAGCGCUUCUGGCACGGCUGGCAGUAUCAAGAGUGCCACCACGCAGGAAAUUGAGAUGGGCAAGACGCUCAGCGCGAAUGAGCAAGAACAAACAGAGGCUCAAGAAGUUCACCGUGCCGAAGUUGAAAAAGUCAGGAUUGGUGUAGAAGAUCUUGCACAAUAUGAAUCUGGUCUCAUUGUGUUCACAAUUCAUGAAGCCGACUUGGCCCACGCAGGAGUCCAUCUCGAGGUCUUGAUGGAUGACAUGAAGUACCCAGCUUGGAGCAGUGCCAAGAUCAAGUCGCGCAAGCAAACCUUCAACGAGACUGGAGACGCCAUGGUACGCGAGUUGGACCUCUCCCGCAUCACAUUACGCUUGGUAUCGGACACGGACAUCAAAGACGAAGAUGACAACGACAUCAAGACCAAGCUCUCCGGACCGCUGGUCGACACCUUGAAGCGAUGCUUGUACACACCUACAGUAAUCACCAUGAAGGAUGAGCAUGGUCACGCUAGCAAUGUGACUGUGUCGAUGCGUUUCCUGCCGGUCAAGAUGCAGCUCGACCCUAGUGAGUCGUUCAACAACCAAGGCAACCUUCGGGUCGAAGUUCUCGAUGCCGCAGAUCUCCCGGCUGCAGACAGAAACGGUUAUUCGGAUCCAUACUGCAAAUUCCUGCUUAAUGGCAAAGAAGUGUACAAGACUAACAAGCAGAAGAAGACUCUGCAUCCGUCUUGGAACGAGUACUUUGAGGUUCCUAUCCGUAGCCGCACAGCUGCUCAAUUCAAAGUCGAUGUAUACGACUGGGAUUUUGGCGACAAGGCCGACCUCCUUGGCAGUACUGCUAUCAACCUGGGCAUUCUCGAGCCAUUCCAAGCGCAGGAGGUGGUACUCAACCUUGAUGGCAAGAGUGGUGCGAUUAGAUUGAAGAUGGUGUUCAAGCCCGAUUACAUCACUCGCUCUCGACAAGGCUCAUCUACCUUCUCAGGCACUUUCGCGGCGCCUGGAAAGAUCAUCGGCGCUCCAGUCAAGGGUGUCGGCAAGGUCGGCACGUUCGUAGGAGGAAAUGUCUUCAAGGGAGCAUCCUUUGUUGGCCGCGGCUUCAAAAGCAAGCGUUCACCAAGUGGCACUCAACACGAAGUCCCCGAUGAUGAGGAAACUGGUGGUUUAGCCGAGAUGCGUCCUACCAGCAUGGAGUCAGCGGGUGGUCUCCCGGAGACAUUGAAUGGACACGCUAAUGGUAACACAUCCAUUGACGGCUACGUUACCAACACAACGGAACUUGCCGCACCCAGAACGCCUCAUGGUCGCAAGCCGAGUUUCGGUGGCACGUCGCUAAGCCCGGCAUCCACGGGUGAAAUGGGCAGUGCCACCAUUAGCGUCCUUCAUGCCUCGGGCUUCGAGCACGACUCCAAGCUGGAAGUCCACGUACUCUCCGAGACCAAAACCGGUCCAAAGGAGCUCUUCCACACCAAGGCCGUCAAAGCCAAGGAUGGCGAAGCCUCCUACGAGGGCGAGAAGAAGUYCCAAUGCAAUGCCGCGACGCAGUUCAAGGUGGUGGUCAAGAACGACAAGUCCUUUGGACGUGAUGAGGUUCUUGGUGAGGCGCCUUUCUUCCUCAACGAUCAGUCUCGUGGAGGUGAGCAGACCAUCCAGGUCGGUAAUGGAGUUGUGACCGUGCGAACCUCGUUCCUUCCCGCAGACAUGAUGUCUUUGGCGGCGCCGAGUGAGAGCCCCGUUAGGGAGAAGCACAAGAGUUUUGGUCGGCUGAUGAGUCGGCGCGAGAGGAGCGUCACGCCUGGGGCUACUGGUUAG